UCGGACAUCGUACGCGGUGUGAAUCUUCCAUAAGAGAAUACACGUACAUGUGCGUGCAUGUAGUGUUUGAGGAUGUGAAAGUUGUUUUAUUCUUUUUGAUAAAUAUAUAAAUAAUAUGUUUUAUACGCUCAUUGAAUAAUAUUAUAAAUAUUAAAUUGAUACGUCCAAAAGAACUACAAUGAAUCGACCUGCGGAUACAGAAUAUCAUGGGAAGGCACCAAUUAAUAAGGAAGCUUUAGCGAGACAUUCAAAAGGUCCUGGGAUUGAUUUAAAAUACAAAACAACUACAAUUAAAAAUAAAGUACUCAGGAAAAAGUUAAAGAAGAAAGAACAAGCUAUACAAAAAGCAGCUGAAGCUUCUGCUCGGAGUGAAUUACUACUCACAGAAGAGUAUGGUUUCUUGGAAGCUGAACCUGGAGAAACUACUACUCAGUAUCGACAAAAACAAAUUGCAGAAAGUGUGGACAUAACAAGUGCAACCAAAAGAUUCAAACUGGACUUGCAAUUUGGUUCCUAUUGCUUCAGAUACACUAGAAAUGGCAGGCAUUUACUUCUGGGUGGGAAGCAAGGUCAUGUUGCAGCUUUUGACUGGGUGACUAAGAAGAUGGCCUGUGAAAUAAAUGUAAUGGAGUCUGUACAUGAUGUCGCAUGGUUGCAUCAGGAAACCAUGUUUGCAGUAGCACAGAAAAAUUGGGUUUAUAUUUAUGACAAUCAGGGAGUGGAGUUACACUGCUUAAAAAGAAUGAAUAAUGUAACAAGACUGGAGUUUUUGCCCUACCAUUUUUUGCUCGCCAGUGGAUCCACAGAUGGUAAUGUGGCCUGGUUAGAUGUAUCCAUAGGCAAGAUUAUUGCUCGUUUUAAUACAAAUGUUGGGAGAAUAUCUGUCAUGACACAAAAUCCAAGUAGAGCAGUCUUAUGUGUGGGAGAUUCAAAAGGAGUAGUAUCCAUGUGGUCUCCUAAUGAACACAAACCAUUGGCUAAAAUGUUGUGUCAUAAACUUCCAAUCAUGACAUGUACUGUACAUCCAUAUGGAACUUACAUGGCAACAAGUUGCGCAGAUAAAUCCGUAAAGAUAUGGGACGUUAGACAAUUAGCAGGACCAGUCAACCAAAUGUAUCUUCGUUCUCCCGCUUUUCGUAUGUCAUACAGCCAGCGUGGUUUGCUCGCCCUUGCAAUGGGCAAUGUGGUGGAAGUUCUUAAAGAGACUUCAGGCGAGCUCAAACCGUAUAUACGACAUAAAACUGCCCGUUAUGUGUGCUGCGCACGAUUUUGUCCGUAUGAAGACGUAUUGGGAGUCUCCACAGUUAAUGAAUUUUCGUCAGUGCUGGUGCCAGGAAGUGCGGAAGCAAACUACGACGCGCUCGAAGUCAAUCCGUUCCAGAAUAAAAAGCAGCGACAAGAAGCGGAAGUAAAAGCACUUUUGGAGAAGAUACAGCCGGAAUUUAUUACUCUCGAUACGACUAAUAUAGCGGAGGUUGAUGUACCUACUUUGAAAGACAAAGUAGAAGCAAAGAAGAAUCUUUUGUAUAUUAAGCCAAAGUCGAUAGACUUCAAACCCCGACAAACAAGAGCUAAAGGAAAAGGUGGCACUGCAAAAAUAAUAAAAACUAAAAAGAUAUUGAAAGAUUUAAAUCGUAGAGAAACGAUUAAAGCGCUUCGUGAAAUGACAGAAGAGGUAGCACCGAAGAAACCCGAAAAACCACGCAAAGAUUAUGGCGUAUUGAAUAGAUUUUUACCAAAAUAAAGAUCAAUAUUAUGAA